AUGACGACGAGCCACGCAACGGCGCAGGCUCCUACCUCGCGCAACGUAGACAUCCGGAGACGGCUUGAACACCUCUAUCAGGCGGCCGCGACACUGCAAACCGAAAUAUCCUUGCUGGAGACACAGCUCGUCUACCCUGUCCUCACGCUUGCACCGGAAGUCACGGGCGAAAUUUUCCACUGGGCAGCGAAAUCCACCGGCGACAGCAAGCUCGUGAGCUUCCUCCUUGCGAUCGGCAGUGUGUGUCGUGCAUGGCGACGCAUUGCGCAUGGCCAAGCCGCGCUUUGGAGCCGGAUCGCUCUCGACUGCGUGCGUCUCCGCUGGCCAGAGGAGCUUCUUGCGGCGCUUUGGCUGCCCAAGUCGCGGGCGCUGCCCCUCGAUAUUUCCAUCCUAUUCCGUCCCGACGUGGAUAACACUUCUAACGAAGCUGUUAUGGAUGCUAUUGCACAUCAUGCGUCUCGUUGGCGCCGGGUGUCUCUGGGGAUCUCCCCGUCAGUCGGGUCCGACUACCGUGCCUAUCGCCGGCCUGCCAAUGGGAAUUUGUUCUUCCUCAUCCCGCCGCCAGACUCAAGAGUUUUCGAUCAGCCUCUGAUCCUGGAACGCCUGUCGCUGUCCAACGUUUGUAUCUACCAACCUCCCGCGUCUGCCCGGGCCGAUACUGCCACUGGCAAUGGGGAGUCCGAGUCCAUAUUCAAACGAUGCCCCCGGCUGACACAUCUGUCUAUAACACCAGCCGCCACCUUAUGGAUGUCCUUCCCGAUUCUUUCGGUCAUCAAGGUUUCGGCGCUCAGAGCAGUAACAGUGCUGUGCAUCUCCCAAUGUUCUCUCGACGACACGCUUCAGGCGCUCACGGCGACGCCGUGCCUUGUCUCCCUGACCCUCCUCAACCCAAAUGCUAAUAUCUUCGAAGACAGCGAGCAGUUUUCAGCUCCAGAAGAGCCGCUCGAGCUCGCCCACCUUCAGAAUCUCACCUGCGACGGCCCUUCCACAGAUCCCCUUAGCAUCCUCAACUAUCUUUGUCUGCCGCUCCUGCAUUCGCUCACGAUUGCACAGGAGCUCGACGACGAUGACGUGACCAUAUUUCGCCAUCUCAUCGAGCGCUCCCAGUGCCGCAUCGGGAACGUGACGCUGCUCGACGUCGAGUUCGGCGGGUGGCGCGAAUCCAGCAUGGCCGACUUCCUGUUGUUGUUCCCCUUUGCGCGGUGCGUGACGAUCGAGUAUGCUGAUACGGAGCUCCGCCCGCGCAGCACCAAGCCCGACUUUGAGCGCUGCGAGGACAUCGAGGCGAAGCGCCCCGGCAUGCUGCUGCCGGCCCUCAAGCAGCUCUGCGUCCAUGGGAUGUCCAGAGACGCCAUGGCUCCGAUACACCGCUGGAUUGCGGAGCGCAUCAAUCGGCAGCCUGAGGGCCAGGGGAGCAACAGGGCCCCGGAGAUCAAGAUUGCUGUGAGCUGGUCGGCAGAGGAAAAAGUAACCACCUCACUCCGGGGGCUGCGCAGGCUCGUAGGGGGUGUCGAGGUCGUCGGAAAUCCACAGCAGCUUGCUAAACUGCGGGUACAUCACCAGUGGGAGUAG